AUGUCCCGCGUUCCUCACGAGCUCUCCGACUACAUCAUCGACUUCCUCCACGACAACCCGAAGGCCCUCGGUGCAUGCGCCCUCACCUCCCCGUCGUGGCUCUUCGCCUCGCGCUUUCAUCUCUUCCGCGCGCUCUCCCUCGACGGCCGUGCUCGCGUCCGCUCCCUCCAGCGCCUCCUCCACGCCGCUCCUGACCUCGGUCUUUACGUCCGCGACCUUGCGGUUUCGAAGCUGUCCACCGACUCCCUCCGAAAGCACCUCGUUCCUGUGCCAUCGGCUAUCGACCAUAAUGUCGAGACCACUUUCCCCCGCGUCCUCGCCCUCCUGCCAGCCCUCCGUACCCUCACCAUUUCCCAUACGGACAUGAACUGCCUUGGCGCACUCGACUCCCUCCCUCUAUCCUCCGUCGCCUCCCUCUCGCUGUCCUUUUGCCAAUUUUCCGAUUUUGCGGACGUCGUUGACUUCGUCGGUCGUCUCCCUACCCUCUCCGCCCUCUCCCUCUCUGGGCUGACAUGGAAGGACGAGCGACGGGCCCCACACGCCAUCCCUCUCCCCGCGCUCCGCACACUUGCGCUCGGACGCGACCUCGACCUCGAACACAUCUUCGAGUGGCUCGCCGCGGCCGGGGUGCACGAGCACCUCACCUCGCUCAAGGUGCGCUGCGCCAACGCGCACGACGCAGACCUCGUCGGGCCCUUCCUCGCCCAGGCGGGCACGAGCCUCCGCGAGCUCGACCUCGACUGGAGCUUCACCGGCGACCAAACCAUCCUCCUCCCGGACAGCGUCUCGCUCGGCGACUGCACCGCGCUUUCCGCGCUCUCCCUCCGCUUCCCGGUCCACUACAGCGCGCACCUCCCCUGGGUCGCCGCGCUGCUCGCCACCCUCGCGCCCGCCCCGCAGCCGCUCCGCUCGCUCGCGUGCGACAUCCGCCUGCUCGGCAACAUCGACGCCGCGUUCGACUGGCCCGCGCUCUCCGCCGUGCUCGCCUCCGAGGCGUUCGCCGGGCUCGAGGCCCUCCGCUUCGCCGUCCACCUCUGGCCGGGCGUGCACCGCGACAUGGGCGAGGUCGCGGCGCUCGUCCGCGCGGGCCUCGCGCCGCUGGACAAGCGCGGGCUCGUGCACGUCGCGAAGGCGUGA